GGAGUACCGGGCGACGGUGCCGCACGAGAGCCUGGUCAAGAAGGCCCUGGACAUCUUCGACCAGUCCAUGCGGCGGGGGCUCGCCGGGCCGCCGCCGGGCGACGCGCGCCGCGUGGACGCGCUGCCCUCCGUGCCUGGCGGCGCGCCGGCGGGGCAGGCAGAGGUUCCGGCGGGGGCCGGCAAGCAGGAGGAGCCAGAGGUGUCCGAGUAUGCGAAGUGGGCCCUCGACCAGGACGAGAAGGAGAAGAAGGAGGAGCCGGAGGUGUCCGAGUACGCGAAGUGGGCCCUGGACCAGGACGCGAAGGCCCCGCCGCCCGAGGAGGACGAGGAGCCCUACGACCCCUACGAGGGCGCGGGGGACGACGAGUACCCGGGCGGCGACGUGCCCGCGCAGGAGGAGGACCUGGGCUCCGUGGACGAGUCCACGGUGGAGGGCCGGCUCAAGGUCGCGGAGCACGCGCUCCGCAAGGCCGAGAAGUCGGUGAAGUCCGCCGAGAGCUCCAAGAGGGGCCUGCAGGACAAGCUGCAGCUCGUAGACGACAACGACGCCCGGUUCCACCCGCUGAUGGACACCUGCGUCGAGAAGUAUCUCGACAAGUAUCUGUACAAGAUCUGCUUCUCCGGCCAGGCGAAGCAGGGGACCACCAGGCUGGGCACCUUCGAGAGCUGGGACGGCUCCGCCGCCGGCGGUGCGGGCGCCAUCAAGUUCUCGGACGGGGACGUGUGCUGGCAGGGCCCCGCGAGGACUCUCGAGGCAAGGCUCAGCUGCGGAGCGGAGCCGGAGAUCCUAGAGAUCACCGAGCCCUCGCAGUGCGUCUACAAGGCGGAGGUCGUGCACCCGAGCGCCUGCUCGGAGGCCAUGCUGGGUGCGCUCGCGGAGGAGAGCGUCUCGACCAUCCUGCCCCACGAGGAGCUCUGACCCCUCAGUGGUAACGACAAGGGGGGAUUGGCCCAGGGUGG